AUGGCCAUGAAUGUGUUGAAAAGCUAUCGUCGUGGACAAGUUAUAAGUAGAAACGCACUUAAUCUUCUUUCCCGUGGGUGUACAUCUACAGUGGACGAUCUAGGGAAAGAGCGGAUGGCAGGCUCCAACGAAGACUCAAUCGUCGUCGAGAAGGAAAACAACAUCACCUUGAUCGGUAUCAACCGCCCAAAGGUGCGAAAUGCUAUCGAUUCGAUGACGGGCAUAAAGUUAUCGGCCGCAAUUGCUGACUUUGAAAAUGACCCCAAAGCGGACGUUGGAGUACUGCACGGUAUCGGUGGUAGUUUUUGCUCUGGGUACGACCUGAGUGAGCUGGCAGGACAACACGAUGACCCACUGAAGACGCAAUCGAUUGUACACAAUCCGGAAGGAGUGAUGGGUCCCACGAGACGAAUGAUUCGGAAACCGCUUGUUUGUGCCAUCACUGGGUACUGUGUGGCGGGAGGGUUGGAACUAGCGCUAAUGUGCGAUUUGCGCGUAAUGGAGGAAAAUGCCAUGCUUGGGUUCUAUAAUCGGCGGUUCGGAGUACCACUGAUAGAUGGUGGAACGGUCCGGUUGCCAGCAUUGAUUGGCCUUUCGCGAGCAUUAGACUUGAUUCUCACUGGUAGGACGGUUUCUGCUAAGGAAGCGCUCGAAAUUGGACUGGUCAAUCGAGUUGUGGCCGUCGGAGCAGGACUGGGGCAGGCUUACAACCUAGCGAUGAGCAUUGCAAAGUACCCGCAGCUAUGCAUCCGUCAUGAUCGCGAUUCAGCGUAUUAUGGUACCUUCUCAGCCCAAUCGUUGGAGGAAGCGCUAGAACGCGAGGCAUCGAACGUUUCUGUCGAGUUACUGCAAGUAGCGAAAGAAGGUGCAGACAAAUUUCGGCAAGGAAUCGGCCGUGGUGGAAGUUUCAGUGGAGUCAAGCAGCAUAAACUGGCUGACUGGGAAAAGGCAGAGAUGACACAUGAAUCAAAACUUUAA